AUGAAGGGCUCGGCUCAUGGACCAGACAACGUCUCCGGACAACUUUUACGAGCUAGAACACAUCGCCUACAAAAGAUACUUGUGGCAAACCUAACUAGUCCUCAAAAGCAAAGAAUCUCCGACUCUUGGAGAACCUCUCGAAAAAUCCUCCUUGGUAAGAAAUCAAUAUCUCGUCUUCUUGGCAAAACAUUGAUGGGCUGGUCACAAGGACAGACAACGGACACUAAGAACUCUGGAAUGGAUUUCUCUCAAAGAAAACGUCCUCGAGGGAGGUCACCGAUUAAAUGGGCUGACGUGUUCAUUACACGAAGGGAUCAGCUGAAUUCUCAGCCAAAAAGAUUUAAUCUAUCUGGAUCUCGCGAAGUCGCCGCCGCAGUUCAAUAG